CAAAAUUCAUAAAGCUUUGAGUCAACAAUAUCUUUUUAACUGUUUUGCCAUCAGAAAUAUUACACAGAAAUGUUCACGGAUCUGUACUUUGAUCCAUUUCUCAACAGUUUUGACAUGCAGUGUCAUUACAUAAAAUACAUUAAAAAUAUAGACCUACAGCUUACUGAUUAAGUAGUGUGAAUUUGGUCAGAGUUUCCGCUCAUGGUUUAUAGUUUUUCAGAUUAGAGACUAUGUGGGGUCUGUUUAAGUGCUCUGAAAAGUUUAAAGUUCAGCCAGAACCACACACCUCUGACAGUAGAUAACAUUGACUGAGCUCUGGGAUCAAAGGGUAAUAUUCUAAUCAUGUAAAUGAUAAAUAUAUCUUUACCAGCAAUGCGCUCAUUGAUUUAUUUGGGUUGGCAAAAUCAAUGUAUAUAAAAGCACUAAUUAUUCCAUCUAAUAACAAGUCUUCAUUGACAGGAUGGCAUUGGCAGUUCAAAGUACAGUCACUUUUAUGAGCACUAAUAUGUGAUAAAGGUGUGACAUCAGUUGUGGUCUGACGUCGAAAAGGUGUGUUUGUCUGGUCAAAAGCAGUAUUUAUAAUCCACCUUCUCCUCGAUUGAACACACUCCAGAAGAAAGGCUUAACAUUUCUGAUCCUCGGUUUAACAAAAUACUAACAUUAUGUGUACCGGAAAGUGCGCCAAGUUUAUUGGCAUCAGUCUCUAUCCGUUGGCGCUAGUGUCCAUUCUCAGCAACAUCUUUCUGUUCUUCCCUGAUUUUAAAACCGACUACGCUGUGGAGGAUGCGGACGGAGAGUACCGUCUGACAGAUGAGAUCAAAUACAUGGGAGGUGUUGUUGGAGGCGGCAUCUUGGUGCUGAUCCCUGCAAUUCACAUUCAUAGCACUGGGAGACAAGGAUGCUGUGCAAACCGUUGUGGGAUGUUUCUGUCCAUCAUCUUUGCAGCAAUUGGUGUGGUGGGUGCCUUCUAUAGCGGUGCCGUAGCUGUGGUUGCAUUGCUUAAAGGGCCAGUUUGCAGGAUUGAUAAUGGACAAUGGACCAGACCAUUCCACAACAGUACUGAAAACUACCUGGGAAACUCUGACACCUGGACGAUUUGCGAGGAGCCAGAAAACAUAGUGGAGUUUAACCUGGGCCUGUUUGCCAUUUUGCUUGUGGCUGCUUGUUUAGAGCUGCUGCUCUGUGGCUUCCAGGUGUUCAACGGCCUGUUCGGCUGCAUUUGUGGUACAUGCAAUCGCAAAGAGGAGGCUUAAGUUCAGGACGACACCAGAUAACACAGCAUCGGUGAUACCGAUGUUCAAGAAGCACAAGAAAAGGGCAGAAAUGAUUAGACUUCUGCACUUUACCACAAAAGCAUUUCCUGAAGCGCGAGAUGAGACUGCGACAUACGUGUGUCUUUGUUCAUCGUCAUAAGUACCAACUGAAGAAACUCUCGGAGGAAACACAAACGCAUCCCUAUGAGAGCAUCCGCCUACAAGCAGAACCAGAGGAAUUGUUUUGGUGCCGUGACCCGGAUAGGAGUAAGGUUAAGAGGGCAAGCUAGCAAGAUCUUUGCUAUUAAAGACUAGUCAAGAAACUAAGUGCCACGGACAGCAAUGUCAAGUUCAACAUGCUCCAAUUCAACAGUCAAAAGCCAUCAGAAUUGGCUUUUUGUUACCGUGUAUUCGAUGGUCUUCCUAGUUGGACUGACUCUCAACGUCACUGCGCUUGUGAUUUUCUUUCGCAACACAAAAUCACGAUCACAUACAACCAUGUACAUGGUUAACCUAGCGUUUGCUGAUGUUCUUCUGGUUUGCACGCUUCCAGUGCGGAUCUAUUACCAUGCAGGUUUGGGGUGUCUGCACCAGAGGGUCUGCGAUUUUGCCGGCGUCAUACUGCUAAGUAACAUGUAUGGCAGCAUCUUCCUCCUCACCUGCAUUAGCUUCGAUCGCUGCGUAGCAGUCUGUUUUCCGCUGUCUUCUCUGGUCCGCGAGGGCCGCAAGAAAGCAUGGUGCGUAUGUUUGGGAAUAUGGAUCCUAACUCUUGGAGCAAGUUUACCCAUCUACUUAAAACCGAGUAAUCGCAAUAAUUCCAGUAUAGUGCACACAAUGAACAUGACAAUGAAUACGACCCGUCAAUGUUUUGGUGCUUUUCCUACUUACGCAACUCAAGCAGGUGUUCUUGCUUCCACAAUAGUAUUUGGAUUCGGGAUCCCACUAACCGUCAUGAUUAUCAGCUCAUGGGGGCUCAUUCAGGCAUUAAAUAAAAGCACAGCAGCUCAGACCAGUGAACUUGUAGACAGCGGACGAAUUAAAAGGAUGAUAAUAACUAA